AUGGUUGAACUUACGUCACGGAGAACGUUGAUAAUCGGAAUAUUGAUAGCCGUCAACACGGCAUAUUUUUUAUCCAAACGGAAAAAUGGAAAAUAUGGUUUUUUCCACAUCGAUUUACCGGAUGUUGUUUGUUUUUCACCGAGUAAAAUAGCCGUACCGUUAGAACAAUUAUCAUUUUCGACGGCCGUCAUCGUUUUGAUAUGCACGCUAAGUCACUGUUUGAGAAAAAUCAUCGAAGAACACGUUAGCGAUUCUCUCAUACGUAUAUUAUUACAAGAAGCUGUCGUGUCAGCGGAUCUUUGCGGAUGCUGUUUCGAAUUAAUCAUCGUCGCAGACAACUUCGGUAUAUGGAUGUAUGGAUUUUAUUUAUUUUUACUCACAAUAUGGUGGAGUAAUGAUUGGGGUAAUGCAAAUGGUGCACCUAACGUGCAAUUGGACGAUGUUGUUUUGGGAAAACAAGAUUUACAAUUAUCAUUGACUAAAAUAUGGGCACAAUUAACCGGAGGAAUAUUUGUUUACAAGUUGAUGCAAUAUAUAUGGAGUUUAGAAUUAAUUGAAAAUCAUGAAAAUCGCGCCUACGAAGAUUGCACGGCAGAUUUACAAGUAUCUGCAUUGCAAGGUUUUCUAAUAGAAGGCGGAGGAACUUUAGUCUAUCAAUUAAUAUCAAAAAUAAUAAAUGAUAUGCAACCUAGGUACGGAACCAUAAUAGAUUCUUUUAUCGCUACAACUUUCGAUAGAACCGGUGGUUAUUACAAUCCCGUUUUGGCAACAUCGCAUAAAUUCGGUUGCGAAGGUAAUACAUUUAAAGAACAUAUAUUCGUUUAUUGGUUUGGUACUUGUCUCGGUUCGGCUUUAUCCGUGUUUCUUUACAAUCACACGCCUUUGAAAAACGUUUUCAUCAAUAAAAAAACGACGAAAAAGACAACAACGACGGACGAACAAGAUAUCGACGGAUUUUGGGAUAAAUCCGAUUGA